AUGCUAGACUUAAAGAAUCUCGGAAAUGAAGCCUUUAAGGCUGGAAAAUUCAAGGAAGCUGCAGAAUUCUUCACAAAAGCUAUUGAACUUAACCCAAAUGACCACGUUUUGUAUUCUAAUAGAUCAGGUGCAUACGCUUCUAUGUAUAUGUACAACGAAGCACUUGCUGAUGCAAAUAAAUGUAUCGAAUUGAAGCCAGAUUGGCCUAAGGGUUAUUCUAGAAAAGGAUUAUGUGAGUACAAAUUGGGAAGCCCUGAAAAAGCUAAAGAAACAUAUAAUUUGGGACUGACUUAUGACCCAAAUAACGAAGCACUAAAGAAGGCCUUGUAUGAAGUUGAAAAUGAUAAAUCCGACACUUACAUUCAAUCACUAUUGAUGGUUUCUCAAAUGAUCCAGCAGAACCCAAAACUUAGAAAAUACCAGGAACAAGACCCUGAGUAUUCAUCCAAACUUGCAAGAUUGAUUUCACAUAUGAACACAGAUCCGGCGGUUCUACAACAGAUACUAACUGACCCGAACCCAGCAUUGAGGGACGGAUUAAUGGCUUGUAUUGGAAUUAAUGAGCCCACAGAAAAGAGGGAAGCACCACCUGAGGAAAAACCCAAGGAACCAGAAAAAACUGAACCAAAGGAGCCACUAACACCCUCUCAAGCAGAAUCAAAAAAGUAUAAAGAAGAAGGAAACAAUCUGUACAAACAGAAGAAAUUUGCAGAAGCCCUGGAAAUGUACAACAAGGCCAUAGAACUGGACCCAAAUAACCUACUGCUGGAGAAUAAUAAAGCGGCUGUAUAUUUAGAAAUGGGAGAUUACGAAAAGUGUAUCAAGACUUGCAACGACGCCAUUGAUAGAAGAUACGAUGUCAUGGCUGAUUUUACUCUUGUUUCAAAGAUAUACAACAGGCUGGCAGCUUGUUAUACUAAGAUGGAAAAAUAUGAUGAUGCAAUUUCAUGCUACCAAAAGUCAUUGAUUGAAAACAACACAAGACAAACAAGAAGUCUACUAAGUGAUCUUGAAAGACUAAAGGAAAGAAAGGAAAAGGAAGCAUAUAUCAAUCCCGAAUUAGCAGAACAACAUCGUGAAAAGGGUAAUGAAUAUUUCAAGGAGUUUAAAUUCCCAGAAGCUAAAAAAGAAUAUGAUGAGGCAAUUAAGAGGAACCCAUCAGACGCCAAAUUAUAUUCAAACCGAGCAGCUGCACUGUUAAAACUGUGUGAAUAUCCAUCAGCACUUGCGGACUGCAACAAGGCUAUAGAAUUGGAUCCCACUUUUGUUAAGGCCUGGGCUAGGAAAGGAAACCUCCACGUGCUAAUGAAAGAAUAUCACAAAGCGAUGGAUGCCUACGAUAAGGGACUUAAAGUUGACCCAAACAACAAUGAAUGCCUCCAGGGAAGAUACAACUGCAUAAAUAAAAUACAAGAAAUGAACAAAGGGAACAUCGACGAAGAACAGUACAAGCACGCCAUGUCAGAUCCUGAGGUCCAGGAAAUCAUUUGCGACCCUCAAUUUCAGUUAAUAUUGAAGAAAAUAUCAGAAAACCCGACGACCAUGGGAGAAUACCUCAAAGAUCCCAAAAUCUCACAUGGAAUACAAAAACUGAUGGCUGCCGGUUUGUUAACCACAUUAUAA